CAUAUUAUAUGAUUGUUAUCAUAUAAUUUAAAAGAAAAGGAGUAAAGACAAAAAUUGAAGGGAAUUUUAUGCUUAACUCUUAAAUCAUAAACAAUGAUUAUCAGUUUAUUGCUGUUUUGUUCUUUCCUUAUACUAUUAUAUUAUUAUAUACUUCAUUAUGAAAAGUUCGUGCGACAUAUUAAUAACAUACCAAGUAUGCCGUCACAUCCAUUGCUCGGUCAUACUAUAACAUUGUGGUUGUGCACACAAGAAAAUCUCUGGAAGCUACAGCGUAAACUUUGUAAGGAAUAUUAUCCACUUUAUAAAUUAUGGUUAGGAUCAAUUGCUAUGGUCAGCGUUCAUCAUCCAGAUGAUUUGGAGAAAGUAUUAAGCAAUCCAAAACAUCAUCUUUCUAAAGGUUAUUUAUAUGAUUCUUUAAAACCUUGGUUGGGAACUGGAUUAUUAAUUAGUGACGGACAAAAAUGGCACUCAAGGCGAAAGAUAUUAACACCUACGUUUCAUUUUAAUAUAUUAAAACAAUUUAUUGAAAUACUGAUUGAGGAAGGAAAUCAUAUAACACAAUCAUUGAGAAAUGUUAAAGACUCGACUGUCGAUAACUUAGUGUCCUUUGUCAGUCAUCACACGUUAAAUGCAAUAUGCGAGACUGCAAUGGGAAUUUCUUUGGAAAAUAUGGGCGAAUUCCAACAACAAUAUCGCAAAGUUGUUCACGAGAUGGGUGAUAUUUUGAUUUAUAGAAUAAUGAGACCGUGGUUGCAUCUUGAUAUGACAUUUGCAUUAACACCAAUGGGUAGAAAACAUGCUAAAAAUUUAAAAAUAUUACACGGUUUUACCGAAAAAAUUAUUGCGGAAAGGAAACAAUAUCAUGAAAGAACUAAUAAACAAUACUUGAAACAUUUAGAAAGCGAUGUAGAAUUAUCAAACACUGAUGAAGAGAUAAUGGGAAUUAAAAAGAAGCGAAGCGCUAUGUUAGAUCUUUUGAUAGCGGCCUCUUAUAACAACGAGAUAAACAAUUCCGACAUUAGAGAAGAAAUCGAUACUUUCACGUUUGAAGUAAGGAUUUCGUUAAAUUCAUAUCUGGUGCCUUCUGGAGCAAUAAUGCAAAUCCAUAUUUUCGAUAUUCAUAGAGAUCCCAAUUUCUGGCCAAAUCCAGAUGUAUUUGAUCCAGAUAGAUUUUUACCUGAGAAAAUUCAAAAACGUCAUCCUUAUUCCUAUUUACCGUUUAGUGCAGGAUCAAGAAACUGUAUAGGUCAACGAUUUGCCAUGUUGGAGAUGAAAACUGUAAUAGCAGCGUUAGUAAACAAUUUUUACUUGGAAUCCGUUGAUUAUUUGAAGAAUCUUCGAUUCAAGUUGGAUAUGAUAACUCGCGUUACACAUCCGAUUCGUGUGAAAUUUGUUCCCAUUAAACACUCCUAAUCAUUUAAAUGC